GGUCUGGGCUAUUGAGUAGUAGUAGUAGUAGUAACUGGAAAGUCCCUAGCAAUGGCUCUGACUUCAAUACAUAGAGUCAUCAAUUUUGUAACAACUCGUCUGAAGUCCAAAACCCUGACCAGUCGAACAGUAUGUAGAUGCGAUAAUAGAGUUCGUGGAAAAGUUGUAAUCCUGACAGGUGCAACAAGUGGAAUUGGAUAUUAUACUGCUUUGGACUUGGCAAAGAAAGGGUCGCUGCUAUAUCUUGCAUGCCGCAGUGAUGAGAAGGGUAGAGAAACUGUAAAAGAUCUGCGUACAUUGACUGGUAACAAAGAAAUCCACUACCUGCAUCUGGAUCUCUCUAGAUUAUCCUCAAUAGCAAAUUUUGUCACAGCUUUUGAAGACAGAGAGAAAAGACUGGAUGUGCUCAUAAACAAUGCUGGCAUAUUUCAUCAUCCAUCAUAUCUGACUGAGGAUGGCAUAGAAGUUACAUACCAAACCAAUUUUCUUGGUGCAUAUAUGCUGACAUCAAAAUUAAAAAAUAUCCUAAAAAAUACUCCAUCAUCACGUGCUGUGUUUGUGUCGUCUGAAUCACACCGUUUGGUGUCGACUGAGGAUGUGAAAAACUUUGAUUGCAUCAAAGUAGUAGAAUUAAAGGAGUUCGAUGAUUAUGUGAAGCAUUAUGCUAUCUCAAAAUUGGCGGUUCAUAUGUAUGCUGAUCAUCUUUCUAAAGAGGUUCCAGGUGUGUCUGUUAUACUAGUUAACCCUGGCAAUGUGUGGACCAAUAUUUAUCAGAACUGUUGGGUUACCUGGAGAUACCUUACAACUCGAAUCAGGUGUGCCCUUUACAUGCGACAUCCUGUAGAAGGUGCCCAGUCAACAAUUCAUGCUGUUAAUUUUCCAGGAGGUACCAGGUGCUAUAUAACUUGUCCAGUUUUGUUUAUUUCCACAAUCGUUACUGCAGCCGCAGGAAUCUGUGCACACGAGAUAAUUUUUCUUGCACCCACAUCUGAAUCUUCAACAUGAGCUAUUGCAAAAACAUCUCUGAAGCUCUGAUAGGGCCUCUGAAGCUGGUGGAUUGUUGCAGAAAAUUGGCUUUUAAGUGCCCAUCUUUAAGGUUCCAUAAGUAGUCGGUUGCUGGUGGAACAUGAUGACUUCAUACAAGUGAUA